CGAUUAGAAUACUUUCAAGAAAACCCUAAUUUCCAGCUUACCACAAAUUCAUUUGUGACGUACAACCUCAUAAAUCUCCCCCGCCAAGCCCUAGGGUUUCUCAUCGCGAUUAUCAAAAAACUUCGAAUCGGUAUUGACUAUCACUGCGCAUCCAAUUUUCGAAAGAUGGAUGCUCAGAGGGCUUUGCUUGAUGAACUCAUGGGCUCAGCACGUAAUUUGACCGAAGAAGAGAGAAAAGGGCACCGGGAAAUAAAGUGGGAUGAUAAGGAAGUGUGUGGUUGCUACAUGGUCCGGUUCUGUCCUCAUGAUUUGUUUGUCAACACUCGGAGCGACUUAGGGGUUUGCCAGAAAAUUCAUGACCCGAAGUUAAAGGAAAGCUUUGAGAUGUCUCCUAGGCAUGAUCCAUUUGUUCCGAAGUUUGAAGCUGAUCUCGCUCAAUACUGUGAAAGGCUGGUUUCUGAUUUAGACCGGAGAGUGAGGCGUGGCCGUGAACGCCUUGCACAAGAUGUUGAAGUCCAGCCUCCUCCACCUAUUUCUGCUGAAAAGGCAGAGCAGUUGUCUGUUCUGGAAGAGAAGAUAAAGAACCUGCUGGAACAAGUUGAGUCUCUUGGUGAAGAAGGGAAGGUGGAUGAAGCUGAGGCACUUAUGAGAAAGGUGGAAUUGCUGCAUAUCGAGAAGACUGCCUUAACUCAGCAACCACAGGAUAAAUUAUUGAUGGCUGCACAAGAAAAAAAAAUGGCACUAUGUGAAAUAUGUGGUUCUUUUCUAGUCGCAAAUGAUGCUGCAGAGAGAACUCAGUCACAUGUUACUGGAAAGCAACACGUAGGCUAUGGUAUGGUUCGGGACUUUCUGGCUGAGUAUAAGGAAGCCAAGGAGAAAGCAAAAGAAGAAGAAAGACUGGCUAGGGAGAGAGAAGCUGAAGAACGAAGGAAGCUGCAGGAUAAAGAACACGAGGUUAAACGCAGAAGAAGUGGCUCAUCUGAUAGGGACAGGCCUCGUCACCGGGAUUAUGACAGGGAAAGGGACCGAUAUCGUGAACGUGAUAGAUAUAAUGGAAGGAAUGGUAGAGGAAGCAGAGAGGUGGGAAGAGGGUCAGAUAGGAGGAACAUUAGCUCAAGUAAUGGAAGAGAAGGGAGUAGGGAUAGAUAUCGAGAACAUGAAAGGAGCAGAUCUCGUUCUCCUGCCAAACAUGGUCGCAGGAGGUCAUCCAGGAGUCCAGGCCGUCCAUAUUAGAGAAUUGUGUAGAAAUAUAUCUGGAUUAUGAAGAGCUCUUUUUGAGACUAUACCAUCUCCUAUCACAUAAUUUCAGGAGAAAGAUGAGGUAGGCAUUUCAUUGCCAUAAUGCUAAUCAUUCAAGUUUUGUUUUGACUGUUUCAUGCUUUACAAGUGAUAUUGCUCCAGGCUGCGGUUUUAUUAUCCCCCUUUUGUUCUCUAUAGUAACUCAGGGCAAGCAAUGUCAUUUCUUACUUGUGAUUGUGCUAACUUGGCAAUUGAGUGCAUCUGCGAAUAAGAUCUCAUUUAGAUGUAGCUGUUGCACUUGCAUGAUGCUCUGGAACUGCUGGGGUAAAUCUCUUGUCUGAUUUGUUUUUCAUUUAUAUCGAAUUGGACUUUGUUAGUUAAUAUAUGCAGAUCUUGUCCAUACACAGUGUAAACACAAACUAGCAAGUUCUAGGAACAAUCACAGACAAAAUUUUACUGCUAGUAGUGCAAUUUGGAUAAAAUAGUGAUCUAGGAAUGGAACAUAGUCCUUCAUUAGUGUACACAGCGCAUCUUUGGUUUGUUUGAAUUCCUUGAAGCUAUAUCCAGGUAAUGAGCAACGGAGCACGCACCAGUUUUUGAUAAUUCUAGUAAACAAAUCUCCACCCUGGCUAAGUCCAUUAUUUCAGGAUUAUGCAACGAUGUUGAGGACUGCAUUGAAUUACAUAUCAUAGCUUUUGUUGCCUUAUCAUUCGACCUUGCUGCUCGUGCAAUGUUUUGCUUCCAAUGGCAGAAUAUGUGAUGGAAUGGAUGUAUCUUAGGUUCAAUGUUUUCUUUGUGAAUUAGUUAUGACUAUCCCUUGGCUAUAUUUGGCUGUUAUCCCUUGUAUUUGCCAUGUAUAUCCAAGACACAGCCAUUUAGCUACGUGGAAUAAAUUAGUUCAAAAUGUUUUACUGUGAAA